CCUCCCUAUAGUGACUGCAGUGGAUCCAGCACCCCCAUAUAGCCAGCCAUGGUAUGUAUGGAUAAUGCAUCUACAUUCUAGCACAGUGCUGUUUGCUACAUUACUGGAUGUGUCCCAUCCCCUGCCCUUGGCACUGCCCUGUAUCAGGCUGUCCUAUUGAUCUGCAGUAGGUGUUUUUAGCAGUAAGGUAGGUCUGAGAGCCUGGAUCUUGUCACAGCACUGAGAGAAGUUUUUUUUUCUUUUUUAAUAUAUUCGCAUGAUUAUUAACUCAUCAGUUACAUCAACACUCCAGACCACAUCAAACACACACACACACAUUCUAGUUUUUUUUUUUCUCUCUGUGAUAUUAUUUUUCUUUUGACUUGUGUUCACAUACUAUGUUUAAACAAACAGCCGACAGCUCCCAUCAAACCACCUUACAGAGUGCUCACUGUUAACCCUUUCAGCGCUGGAGUCAAUCCAGCACCCAGCAGAGGAACAGUACUGAGUUAGGGGCAGUAGAUGUACAUUUUCCUGGUAAGACAUCGUUCACUGUGUUUUGCUGAGAUUGAACAGGAGUUGUGGUUUAACCCCUUAAGGACACAUGACAUGUGUGACAUGUCAUGAUUCCCUUUUAUUCCAGAAGUUUGGUCCUUAAGGGGUUAAAAAGCUCAACAUACAGAAGUUUAACUAUUUACUCGCCAGAGUGAGCAAUAUGCCCAACCACCUAUCUGGGUGCCCAGGGGUUAAAAUCCAGGUAGACAUUUGCUUAGAAGUAAUUACUGGGUUGUCCCAUUUAUCUGGUAUCUAUAUAGUUGAUUUGAAAGUUGUAAGACUGGUACUAUUGUAGCAUUUUCUUUAGCAUAUAAUACGUUUUUGUUCUUAUUUUAAUUGUGUCAAUGUUGACAUAUCAAAGGUUUAACCCACUAAUACCAGCACAGGCUGUAGCAAGUACCCUUCAUGUAAUGGCUGAAUCUAAGCUUUAAUCACUCUCAGCCAUCCUCCUCACAGCACCCUGCCUUAAAGCUGUACUCCCUCCAUGGCUGGCCUGUUAUCAGGUACUGAGAAUGACAGAAAAGAGAGUCCUCCACCUUUUAACACUUUGUUACUAGUUAGCUGUUUUUUGAAAGUCAGAAGAACAAAUACACAGUCCCUCAGGAACAAUUAAAUUAACAUUACUCUCCCCCUCCCUCACCUGCCCAUUCAUUUAUCCAUGAUCAAACCCUGGACUUUGUGUUUACUGAUGUUUUAAACAAGGUUUAAGACUAAAAUGUAAUGACUCUAACAGGGGGGUCAAUAUUUGGCCAUUUGCAAGUGACUGGUUAUCUGUGAGAAUUCUAAGUAUCCAGACAGCAAUCAGUUUGGUUUAAAGUGUAGUGGUGUCUGUGUCCCUUUAAACUGACCCUGUAAAGUUCUAUGUACUGAGAAAAUAGAUGGCAUUUAUAAAUAAUUACAAAGAUGGCAAAUUAGUGAAAUAUGAAGACAAUAACAGAAAAAAAGUGUUCGUGUUGUAAAUACUGAAGAACAGCUGAACUAAUAUGUUUCUAAGUUUAUGUGUUUAUAUGUGUGUUCUGUCUUAUGUGUGUGUGCGCGUGUCUAGUGUUUGUGUGUGUGCGUGUGUGCGCGUGUGUGUGUGUGUGCGUGCGUGUGUGUGUGUGUGUGUGUAUUAUGGGGUAGAUAGAUAGAUAGAUAGAUAGAUAGAUAGAUAGAUAGAUAGAUAGAGAGGGAGAGAUAGAUGGAUAGAUGGAUAGAUAGAUAGAUAGAUAGAUAGAUAGAUAGAUAGAUAGAUAGAUAGAUAGAUAGAUGGAUGAGAGGGAGAGAUAGAUGGAUAGAUGGAUAGAUAGAUAGAUAGAUAGAUAGAUAGAUAGAUAGAUAGAUAGAUAGAUAGAUAGAUAGAUAGAUAAAGGGAGAGAUAGAUGGAUAGAGAGAGAGAGAAAGAGAUGAGAGGGAGAGAUAGAUGGAUAGAUACAUAGAUAGAUAGAUACCAACAGACUUGAAGUUGCAACUGGACUGGAAAAUGAAAAUGUAACUGAUAUAGAAAGACAUGAAAAUGAAAUAAAACCAGAUAAAUCUGUGUCUAACUGUGAUGUACCAGUGUCAGACAGGGCUGCCAAUAAAUGCAUAGUUCAGAGGAAUGAUUCCUUAGCAAUGUAGAUCUCUGAACAGAUACCUCUCCAUAUCAGCGGAUGGAAGCAGCCUUUCUAUCCAUGCUGACAAAUUGUGUCAUUUUGCCAAGAAAGUUUUACACAGAGCGUGUAAUUGAUGUUACCCUAUGAAAUCCUGGCCACGCCCCCUCUCUCCAAUCUUUCAAAUAAGAGAGGACAGGACUCUUGGUGAGAGUGUGUAGCUGUGAAAAGGGUUAACAAGACAAGCUUUGCCUGUUCUGACCAAUCAGCUCCAGGCCCAGCCAGCUAUAAUAUAGCACUAAAGGCAAAGACAGUUCUCACAGGCUCUCCAGCACUGCCUGAUCUUAUUCCAAUCAAACCCUUUUUUUUUCCUUUUUUUUUUUCCUUUUUUUUUUCUUUUUUUUUUUUUUUUUCCCUUCUUCUGAUUACUGUGUCAUGUCUGUACUGAGAUGUGUUCCGUUAUCAAAGACCUGCACCUUGCUACUGCAGCAGUUGCCUUAAUAGGGAUCUUUGGAUAGUGCAUGAGCAUUCAGAACAUUUGGAAUUGGGUCACUUACUAAAAGGAGAUACCUACCUACAUUGAGCUUGGGAGGCUUUGGGUUCUAUGGAUGAAAUGUUGGUGCUGACACGCUUGCUCCUGGUGGGAUACUUCACUUACUUAGUGGUCCAACCCGGACUUGCCUGUGGACCAGGUAGAGGAAUUGGCAAAAGAAGGUACACCAAAAAACUAACCCCAUUGGCUUAUAAGCAGUUUAUUCCCAAUGUGGCUGAGAAGACCCUAGGGGCCAGUGGACGGUUUGAAGGGAAGAUCACCAGAAAUUCGGACAGGUUUAAAGAAUUAACUCCAAAUUAUAACCCUGAUAUUAUUUUUAAAGACGAGGAGAACACAGGAGCAGACAGACUGAUGACUCAGGUACUUUUUUUUUUUUUUUUUUUUUUACGAAGUUCACUAUUGGGUAUUGGCUCAUAUUAAUAGAUAAUAGCUCAGUAGAUUCUCAUUAUUAUAGACAAAAUGCAUAGGACGAAAUAGAUUGACAGGAGGCUGUGGAUCAAGGUUUGUUUUGAUUUUUUUUUUUUUUUGAUUUUCAUUUUUUGUUUUGAUUUCCACUGCUACAAACAUUCCAUUCAACACGUUCUAACUUGGAUACAUUGUUUUAACGUAGCACUUGACCCAGUUAGUUACAUUGUAUCCAGCGGAGUGUUCCAUGCCAAUCUCCAACACUCUAUCCAGCAGGAUGACAGGUGUGAUCUAACUGGACCCCAUUUACUGAAGCAGAUUGAGAUUACUCAGUAUUUAGUACCUAGUUAUAUCUGCCCCCCUCCUUCUCCCUCCCCACAACGACAGUUAAAUCUGAAUCGACCGCUUGACUCUGCUCUUUCGUUAAAUCGCUUCUGGCUACUGGGCGAUAUAAUGAUUUGCUAUGGUGCCCAGCCAAGCGUGAUAGCAUAGCUCUGCGUUUAAGGUUGUCCCAGCCAGAUCGUGGUCCCUGGUAACUCUGCCUAGUAGGGACAUUACAUCAUCGCUGGCCAGCUCCUGGCAAGGAGGCAAAUGAACCCUCUGGCACAGUGGCCCCUGUGGCUAAUUGGAUUGUAUCCUCGGUGGCAGUGUCUGGGAUACUCAUUGAGUGUCAGAGUUUCUGAGUGCAGUUAAAGCUUUAUGACAAGGAAUUCUUAUGAUGAGGGUGGUAGGGGGACAGAUAUAUAGGUCAGGCUGAUUUUGCUGCACUUCUAAGACGAGUUGCCCAGAUGAGUGGAGAUUUGACAGAGUGUCAGACCUUCCAUGGAUCCACUGGCUGUGUUCAGCUCCAGUGACAGAUUCCCCUCAGGACCUGGGACAUGCCACCUUAAAUCUGCCUGGCUGUCCCUUAAAGACCCGACUCUCUGACAGUGACCGAUCAAUUUCCUGAUCGCACAGCAGACAGCAGGCAUUAUUAGAUCACCCUCCAUAACCCGGAACAUAGAGAGAUAUAGGGAGAGAGAGAGACACUACAUUGCUAGAGAGAGAGACUACAUAGCUAGAGAGAGAGAGAUACUAGGAUGUAGUAAUAUAUUAGGUAGACUGACGUAAUUUAAGUCCAUAUAUUAUACUGUGCCUCAAUAUUCAAAUGUUCUGUCUGAGAGUUAUAUAGAUAGACAGACAGACAGAUAGAUAGAUACAUAGAUAGAUAGAUAGAUACUGGAUAGAUAGAUAGAUAGAUAGAUAGAUACAUGGAUAGAUAGAUACUGGAUAGAUAGAUAGAUAGAGAGAUAGAUGGAUGGAUAGAUGGAUGGAUAGAUGGAUGGAUAGAUAGAUAGAUAGAUAGAUAGAUAGAUAGAUAGAUAGAUAGAUAGACAGACAGACAGCUGUUCUAUCACUGGGAGUUGGUACUUUCUGUAGAGAUUGUGCAUAUUGGUUUGUCACAUUGUGGCGACAGUGCAGCUGAUGUAAGUCCCAAUGUGGGCAUGGUAACCCUGGAACAGACAGCCUAGCAGUGUACAGAUGGCAUGGCUGGCACAGGAAUCCCGGCAGAGUAGAGAUUGCAUCCAUGGCACAGAGAGUAAUACAAGAGCUGGCACAGGGGGCAAUGUAGGUAUGUCAUGACUGGCACAAGAGGCAGUUUAGAGAUGGCGUGGCUGGCACAGUUGCAAUGUACAGGGGGCAGUGUAGAUAUGGUAUGGCUGGCACAGGAGGCAAUGCAGGGAAGAUAAGGCUGGCGCUGGAGGUGGUGUAGAGAUGGUAUGGCUGGAAUAUGAGACAAUGCAGGGAAAAUAUGGCUGGCACAGGAGGCAGUGUGGGUGGCAUGGCUGGCAAAGGUGGCAGUAUCGGAUGGCAUGGUUGGCACAAGGGGUAGUGUAGAAUGGCAUAGUUGGAAAAGGGGCAGAGUAGGCAUGGCAUGGCUGGCACAUAGGGCAGUGUGAGGUUGGCAUGGCUGGCACAUGGAGUUAUACCAUGUGCAAUUGUCGGACUGGCAGAGAGAAGCCAGCAGUGCAGAAAUGAUAGGGGGCAUACGGAGUCCAACAGUGUUUUCAGUAUAACCAUGGCUGCCCUGUUACUGGGAGCCCCGCACUAGGUAGAUGGUAGUCCUAGCACUGGGAGUCCCGCACUAGGUGGAUGGUAGUCCUAGCACUUGGAGCCCUAUAGAUGUGAUAAGUGGUUGUGGUGGCAGUCCUGGCACUGGGAGCCCUAUAGACGUGAUAAGUGGUUGUGGUGGCAGUUCUGGCACUGGAAGCCCUAUAGAUGUGAUAAGUGGCUGUGGUGGCAGUCCAGCACUGGGAGCCCUAUAGAUGUGAUAAGUAGUUGUGGUGGCAGUCCUGGCACUGGGAACCCUAUAGAUGUGAUAAGUAGUUGUGGUGGCAGUCCAGCACUGGGAGCCCUAAAGAUGUAAUAAGUGGUUGUGGUGGCAGUCCUGGCACUGAAAGCCCUACAGAUGUGAUAAGUGGUUAUGGUGGCAUUUCUGACACUAGAAGCCCUAUAGAUGUGAUAAGUGGUUGUGGUGGCAGUCCUGGCACUGGAAGCUCUAUAGAUGUGAUAAGUGGUUGUGGUGGCAGCCCAGCACUGGAAGCCCUGUAGAUGUGAUAAGUGGUUGUGUUGGCAGUCCUGGCACUGGAAGCCCUGUAGAUGUGAUAAGUGGUUGUGUUGGCAGUCCUGGCACUGGAAGCCCUGUAGAUGUGAUAAGUGGUUGUGGUAGCAGUCCUGGCACUGGAAGCCCUGUAGAUGUGAUAAGUGGUUGUGGUGGCAGUCCUGGCACUGGAAACCCAUUGACACUAAGUGAACUUCUGACCUUCUGUCACCUUGUUUAAAACCAAACAAUUGAAAAUAAAUCACACAGAUCCCAGUAUGUACAGGCUGCACGCAGGGUCUGACCUGAUAUUAAACCCAUGUAUAGUGCCUGCUGGGUGCUGGUUUUUAUUGAAUAAUCUCUUGUUCAGCUAAAUUCUUGGCAACAGGCUGAGCCAGCCUCACACCUACCUACAAUGUAAAGAGCUGCCUGGAUGGGACUCUUAAACCUGCAAAAUAUUUGUUUCUUGCGUUAGCUACUGGUUAAUAUUAACUAGAUGGAGGGGUGGGGAGAGAGAGACAGAGAGCGAGAGAAUCAGAGAGAGAGAGAGACAGAGAGAGAGAGAAUCAGAGAGAGAGAGAGACAGAGAGCGAGAGAAUCAGAGAGAGAGAGACAGAGAGCGAGAGAAUCAGAGAGAGAGAGAGACAGAGAGCGAGAGAAUCAGAGAGAGAGAGAGGAGAAUCAGAGAGAGAGAGAGAGAGACAGAGAGAGCAAGAGAAUCAGAGAGAGAGAGAGAGAGACAGAGAGAGAGAGAGAGAGAGACAGAGAGCGAGAGAGAAUCAGAGAGAGAGACAGAGAGCAAGAGAAUCAGAGAGAGAGACAGAGAGACAGAGAGACAGAGAAUCAGAGAGACAGAGAGCGAGAGAGAAUCAGAGAGAGAGACAGAGAGACAGAGAGCGAGAGAAUCAGAGAGAGAGACAGAGAAUCAGAGAGAGAGACAGAGAGCGAGAGAGUGUGAGAGAGACAGAGAGCGAGAGAAUCAGAGAGAGAGACAGAGAGACAGAGAGCGAGAGAAUCGGAUAAUGAAUCAGACAGAGAGAGAGAGAGAAUGAGAAUCAGACAGAGAGAGAGAGAAUACACAGAGAUAAUCAGAGAGUGGGAGACAGAGAGAGACAGGCAGACAGCGAGAGAGAAAGUGUUUGAUGAGGGGACACACAGAGCUGGGGGCACCAGGAGUGUGAGCUCCCCAGGCAGUGUGAAAUAAGAAGCCCAGUGACCAUUUAGACACAGAGCUCCAUGUAUACUGUAAGGAAUUUCGAGGUCUCCAGGGGCUGUGUGAAGCCCACCGGAUUGUUUACACUGACAGGUACCUGUUAAGAGUCUCUUCCAGCCCCCCAUUAGUAAAAAGAUUAGGCGCUGGCAGGGGAGGGAGAACUUGUCCCCGGCACAAAGCCCUGUCCAGGCUGCCCUGCUGGGUUCAUGGUGACUGAGCAGGAUUGGGCUGAUUUGUGGCACACGACCCGUUCACUGCACUAACAGUCAGAGCUUCACGGUUUGACAACCCAGCUCGCAGCACGUUGUAAACCCCAGUAACUGCACUUACUCCAAUAAACAUCCUGACACAGACACAGCAAACAGUGCAAACACUGACACAACAACAACCAAACUAAAACAAUAAAAAGAAAGGCAUUUAUAUUCAUGGACAAAGCGAUACAAUGUGAUAGUUUGUAACGUGUUUAGCUGCAGAUUGGCAGCCAGCAAUCUAUGUGAAGCAGGUUCAUGGAUUGGAGAGAAAGUUACAGAAAUUGCUGCAUUUUGCAGGUGGGUUAAAUGAUGGGACAGAAAGAGUUAACUCCUGUAAAACCUCCCUGUAAUUUUAUUAACUUUUAUUAUAGAUAUUGGUAGCACUGCACAGGAUCCAAAGACACCCUGCACUCACACUCACCCUUCAACCUGCACUCACACUCCAACCUGCACUCACCCAUCAACCUGCACCCACACUCACCCUCCAACCUGCCCUCACACUCAUCCUCCAACCUGCACUCACCCUCCAACCUGCACUCACACUCACCCUCCAAUCUGCACUCACAUUUAUCCUCCAAUCUGCAGCUACAUUGUCACACUCACCCUUCCACCUGCACUCAAAUCAUCUGAAUUGGCCUAACCAAAUUUCCCACGUGCACUCAUCCCUGCACUGACCUAACUAAACCCAGACUCAUACCUACACUGACCUAACUAAACCUACAGGGACCUAACUAAACCUGGACUUAUACCUACACUGACCUAACUAAACCUACAGGGACCUAACUAAACCUGGACUUAUACCUUGACUGACCUAACUAAACCUACAGGGACCCAACUAAACCUGGACUUUUACCUACACUGACCUAACUAAACCUACAGGGACCCAACUAAACCUGGACUUAUACCUACACUGACCUAACUAAACCUACAGGGACCCAACUAAACCUGGACUUAUACCUACACUGACCUAACUAAACCUGCAGGGACCCAACUAAACCUGGACUUAUACCUACACUGACCUAACUAAACCUACAGGGACCCAACUAAACCUGGACUUAUACCUACACUGACCUAACUAAACCUACAGGGACCCAACUAAACCUGGACUUAUACCUACACUGACCUAACUAAACCUACAGGGACCUAACUAAACCUGCACUCAUACCUACACUGACCUAACUAAACCUACAGGGACCUAACUAAACCUGGACUUAUACCUACACUGACCUAACUAAACCUACAGGGGCCUAACUAAACCUGGACUUAUACCUACACUGACCUAACUAAACCUACAGGGACCCAACUAAACCUGGACUUAUACCUACACUGACCUAGCUAAACCUACAGGGACCUAACUAAACCUGGACUUAUACCUACACUGACCUAACUAAACCUACAGGGACCUAACUAAACCUGCACUCAUACCUGCACUGACCUAACUAAACCUACAGGGACCUAACUAAACCUGGACUUAUACCUACACUGACCUAACUAAACCUACAGGGACCUAACUAAACCUGGACUUAUACCUACACGGACCUAACUAAACCUACACUCAUAUCUGCACUGACCUAACUAAACCUGGACUCAUACCUACACGGACCUAACUAAACCUACACUGACCUAACUAAACCUACACUCAUACCUACACUGACCUAACUUAACCUACACUGACCUAACUAAACCUGCACUCAUACCUACACUGAGCUAAUUUAACCUACACUGACCUAACUAAACCUGGACUUAUACCUACACUGACCUAAUGCUAACUAAACAUGCACUCACCCCUGCACUGACCUAACUAAACAUGCACUCAUACCUACACUGACCUAACUAAACCUGCACUUAUAUCUGCACUGACCUAACUAAACUUGCACCCAUACCUACACUGACCUAACUAAACCUGCACUGACCUAACUAAGCCUGGACUUAUAUCUUCACUGACCUAACUAAACCUGCACUCAUACCUACACUGACCUAACUAAACCUGCACUCAUACCUACACUGACCUAAUUCUAGCUAAACCUGCUCACCUCGCAUUCUACCCUCCCCAUGCCAUGUUCUCUCACCCACUGGUUAAGUCCUGGGUAAUUUCCUAUGAACAUUUAUUACAAAAGGAAACAGGAAGAGCAGAAAUGUAACUUAUCUCUUCCCUAAUUAGUCAAGUGGAAUAAGUAUCUGGUCUAAGUUCUAUUUAUUUAUGAUUAUUUUAAGUAUCAUUCAAGAUAAAUCAUGUUUAUUGUCAUCUCCUAUUCUUUCUAAAGACAAACUCUUGUGACUGUUAUCUGGAAUACCUGCACUAUCUGCUUACCCUGUGCUGAGGCCUCUCCCAGUACCCCCACCCUCCUCCCCCCUCCAGAAAGUGCUAUCUAAAAUGUUCUAGAAUAGGGUCUGAAGCUCACUUACCUGCAAAGCCAAGGACUCUAGUGAUUGAUCUGAAAGGAAAAGUUUCUCCAAAGAUAAAGGAACUGGCAACCUAUUCAAAGACUUUUCAACAGGGAAGUAAAGUUAAAGAAAUAGGUGGAUUCUCAGAUCCUGAGAGAUCAGAGAAUGGCAUUGGCUAUGGUGACCUGUGACAUAUUGAGAAAGAAAAUGUCCCCAGACUCUUGUUGUAUAAUUAUAAUUAUUUAUUUUGGGCACUAUUAAAGAGUAAUUAACUCCCAGAACCAGCCAGAGCGGGAUAUCAGCAUCACUUAUUUAUUUCUCCCUAUUAAUUAGGUUUUCUGAUACAUUUUCCAGGCCAUAUGGCUCAAUGUGGGCUCUAUGAUCUUCUGAGAGUGCUGAGUCUAAGUCUUCUACUUAACACAAAGGUUACAAUGUCUUCAUUAUGAGGUGCCCCUAGUACUUCAAAAUACACCCCAAUGGGUACUUCAGUAAUAUGAAACUGGGAGCAAAUUUUGGGCUGAAAAAGGCAAAUUAAAGAUUGUUUUCUAAAUCAGCUAUUUUGAAUAAAGUGCAUUUCUCCCAGUUUAGUAAAUAGGUCCUCCCCUAGGUCUCUUUCAUGACAUGGAGUAUAAAAUAUUAAGAAGAAUUAGACUUGAGUGUGAUAAUACCCACAUGUUGAAUCCUAUAAGGCCUGCAUGCACUAAGUUCCCUAGCCUCACAAUUUAUUAAUAACAUUGUAUUUUAACCAGAAUAAUCUUAUUUAUAUUACAUACAAUAUAUAGAUGUCAUUGUCGUCAAGACAUGUUUUAUUUCGAUUUAGAGCAGUACAGAGCUUACAUAAAUUAUUUGUCAGUUUACAUAAUAGUAUCUUGUUAAAAGAGAGAAAAAAUAUGCCCAGAUUUAGAAUGGAAACUAAAGUCCAACUGAAUACUGAAUUAGAGACAUCUUUCCAACCCUCAUAAUGUAGAUGGAUCUCAGCCAAUGAAUCCAACUCUCCACAAACAGUUAUUUUAGUGAAUACAUCCAUGAAAGUGUUUGUAUAAGUAAUCUAAAACAAAAAUUGAGUUUAUUGCUGUUUUAUGGAAGCAUAGCUGAUAAAUCAGUGUUGUGGCAGAAUAUUAUGUUUAGCCACCUCUCCACCAGACAAACCAAGAGAAUAUUAAAAGCUUGAUCCAAACUCACAGCUUUAACUCCACAACUGUCAAUAUAUUGGUGUGGUCAGUGCUAUAGAAAAGGAUGGUUAUGGUGAUUGUAUAACAAUAAAAUAAUAUAAUAAUAUUUUUCACCAUGCACAUUCUGCUGUCUUUAACAUGUCCCUCUCUGUUUUCCCAUCUUUCCCCAGAGAUGUAAAGACAAACUCAAUGCCCUGGCUAUCUCAGUGAUGAACCAGUGGGCAGGGGUGAAGCUGAGGGUGACUGAGGGAUGGGAUGAAGAUGGUCAUCAUGCAGAAGAGUCUCUCCACUAUGAGGGUCGAGCAGUGGACAUCACCACUUCUGACAGAGACCGUAGUAAAUAUGGCUUGUUAGCCAGGCUGGCGGUAGAGGCUGGAUUUGAUUGGGUGGUCUUUGAUUCCAAAGCCCACAUUCACUGUUCGGUAAAAGCAGGUAAGGUGGUCUCCUCAAACCUGCACACCCCAACUUCCUUCCUCCCUCUAUUAAACCCACCUGAUCUGAAAGUUCUAACAAAGCUAGAGUUAGACUGUAGGGUGUGGAGAAUUCAUAAUUCAUUUGGAAAACUGACCGACAUGAUCUUCCUGGGGAAAAAUCCGAUUUUUCUUCUUUGCUAUUUUUAAUUUCAAUUUUGCAAGAUUGUUCAAAGUCUUGACAACUGCAGUUUAGCGAAUAUAACUUCUUUAACUAUUUGAAACGGAGUCAUUUCUCACUCGUAAAAUACAGCACUUAUAUGGAGUCUUUAAUCAUUGACUUGUUGGGUUCGUUUUUUUGUUUUUUUGUUGUUUUUUAAAAAAGUUUUUUUUUAUUUGAAACUUCAAUGAAAAGUUAAAAGUUAACAGUUCGAAAAAAGUUUAGUAAACACACACUAAUUAUUGGGAUAGUAAAUACUAUGUGCAGCCCAAGUGAUCCUCUAUAGAAUCCUGUCUCAAAUAUAUCCAGAAACAGGUUAUGUUAUACGUUCUAAACGUAGACUAACAUUCUAAACGUUGUCUAACAUUCUAAACGUUUUCUAACAUUCUAAAUGUUUUCUAACAUUCUAAACGUUGUCUAACAUUCUAAAUGUUGUCUAACAUUCUAAAUGUUUUCUAACAUUCUAAACGUUGUCUAACAUUCUAAAUGUUUUCUAACAUUCUAAACGUUGUCUAACAUUCUAAAUGUUUUCUAACAUUCUAAACGUUUUCUAAAAAUCAGCUCAGUUGGCUGACAGGAGGUGCUAUUGCCACUUUGAACUUUGCUAUAAACUCUCAUGUUGCCAUAAAAAUAUAAAAUGAGUAUAGACGAGAAAUAGUAAAAAUAUAUCAACUUUGAAAUACGGCAGAUUGAUUAAGAAAAAGAUUAAAAUAUUUUUUUAGUUGUCCUAUUUAGGUGGGAAUAUUUCCAAUCAAUAGCAUAAACAAGAAUAGAUUAUUAUAUUCAUUCUUGUUGAUUAUCCUGGUUUUGCUGUGAUCUCUGCCUCAAUAACGGGUUAAACGAUUGUCUGUUGAAGCCAAUGUUUUGCCUGAUUUAUCAAUACCAUGCAAUUACACAGUUGUGGAUCCCAUUUAGUUUUGGAAAAGUUAUCCAGUAAUUCUUAGACAAGCCAGGAAAAUACUUUGCCUCGAAAAUGGAACUUUGUUUAAAUAACAUGUGUACAUUGUAACAACCAUAAGAAAAAGAAUUUGAAAAAUAUAUAAACAUUAGCGGCAACUGACAGCUUAGGGCCCUAAAUACUGGCUGGCUGUGAAUUAUGGGAAAUGUAGUUUACAAAGUUUUAGAGAUUACUAUUCUACAAGACCAAAUGCUGGGAUUAUACUUGACAAAUUGUAGAAUCCAUUACAAGCCUUUGAUAAUAUAUAUAUUAUAAAUAAAAAUAUAUCUGGAUUUUAUUGACUAAACCGCCUGAUUUUCAAUUUGCAACACUUUGAGAACAUAUUUAAAGUAUUACUACAUUUGAUGAAUUAUAACAAAACAAUUAUAACAAAAUACGGACAAUACAAUACAUUUUAUAGUCAGAUAUGCGUUGACUUUGAGUAUAGUAGUAUGGUAGAGUAUGGAAGAAUAUGGUAGAGUAUGGUAGAUUUUUUUUAAGAACCCCCCUAGCAGUUAGAGGGAAAAAACUGAGCACAAUUAGUUAUUGCUAAGGGGUAAAUUCACUAAACAGUGAGCUCCGGAUAAAACUGACUACGGAUUGCAAAAUAUAAUCCAAGAUAGAUUUAGAAGAAAACAAAAAAAAUAGUUUACUUUUUACAACUAAUUUUUUAUUUUAUUUUUUUUAUAUAUAUAUUUUUGCUCUAAAUUACUUUACGUCGCCUAAUAGCUCACUAAAACUGUCUAUUUGUGCAAUUAUCAUUAUAUUAGUAUUAUUGUUAUUAUUAUUAUUAUUAUUAUUAUAGCCAUUUUAUAUCUGUGUUUAUUUUUAACUGCAUAGUUUGCAUGAAGCCUCAUUUGUCAAUUAGAAAUAGACCGUUUUAGUGAGCUAUUAGACCACGUAGAGUAAUUCAGAGCAAGAAAUAUCUGAACAAAAAAAUAAAAAAUUAACACAGAUAUAAAAUGGCUAUAAUAAUAAUAAAAAUAAUAAUAAUUAUUAUUAUAAUAUAAUAAUAAUAAUAAUAAUAUGAUAAUUGCACACAGUGAAAUAUAAUGGGAUACAGUAGUAACUCUUUCAUUGCCAGUGUAUUCCAUCCCUGCUUUAUCGCCCUAUAAAACCCUAAACUUGGAUCAUCUUGGAACAUUCAGUGGAUGGAAAUGUGCCAAUACGGGAACAAAAAUAAUAAUAGUUAACUAUGGCUAUUCUAAAUGUGUAAAACAGGAGACCUCAGAGUGUUACAUUAAGAACUCAGUGAAUUUAUUUUAUUAAAAAAGAGAACCAUUUUGGUGUUAGGGUCCCAAGCAGUACCCCCUAUAUAGAGCUAUUUCUCCUGCUUUUGGCAGCCACAUGCUGUCACAAACAAGCAAUGGACAUGGAAAGCAAAUUAGAUAGAAAGUUGUCUGCUUUAACCAAGUGUUUUUACAAAGCAGUUAAAGGCAAGUUUGCAAAAGAAACAGUCUGUCAACAUGUAGACCCUGAGCUCUCAGCUCAACCUGCUGAUUUCACGUCUUGAGGCAGACACUGAGUUAUCAGUAUUUGUUUUUCUUAGAUUCUUAAGAAAAAAAACACAAAAUAUAUUUUAUAGCAACCGAGAAUAAAUAUUUUCUUUUUCUUUUUCUUUUUUUUUUUUUUUCUGAGCUGUAGGAUUUCUCUCAAAACGAAACAUUGAAACAUAACAGAACCCCAAAAUAAUAAUAAUAACAAAUACAUAAAAAUGGAGAAAAAAAACACAAAUUUAAUGGUAUUAACAAAUUAAAUCUAAUUCAUUAUUUCUGUUUUGUCAAAUAGUUAUAUACUUGGCUGUCGUUCUGAUUGAAGACUUUUCAAAAUAAAACACAAUUGAAGUUUUAUUGGGGGAAAAAAUGCUAAUUCAAUUUAUUAUGCAAACCUGUGAGAUUUGGCAAUAUUUCUUAGCAUAGUAAAUGUGAGAAUCGUGCUCCUGAUCCUACAUUUGGCAGAUGUCCCCUGCUUUGAUGUUGAAGGAUUUAUGGACUAAUCUUCCAAUGUUCCUUAACUUUGUGUGAGUUGCAGUCCAGAGGUCACACAGCCCAGCUGAUUUUAGCAAUGUAAGGUCGUGUGACAGCAUCAAACCUUCUUCAUGAGUCUAAGAUUUGCAGUUCAAGAUCUAAAUCUGGGAAUUGCAUUGUCCCAGGCCCCAUUUCAUGCAGGAGAAGAUGAUUAGGAGAUUAAAUGCCCCGAAUUUAGAGAAAGACUGGAAGAUGUUUAAUCUAUCUAUGUUUACAAAAAGCAUGAUCCUACACACAGGAAUUUCAAACACCCCCAGUCCCACAUAAAGAUCUGAAUUAUUGUCCCCAGGACAGAGACAAGGGGUGCAGAGUGACAAUCCGAACUCUUCUUUAAUAGAAUUCUGAGAUUGUUUGCUGCCAACUCCAGCGUUUAAAAUUCAAAUACACAUCCUGAGAAGGGGUCUCAGCUUGAGUAAAUAGUGCUUUUUGGGAUUGGGAGUGUUUGUGUGUGAAUUGGCACAUAGAGGACCUACACCUGAGUAAAUAGAGGGGAUAUGGGAAAAAUGGAUGUAUCAUCCCUUUCAAGAGUGUCUCUAUUUUGAAAUCAGAAUGACAAAACAGGCCCUUUAUUGGAUUUUAAUUAGGAAGCCCAAAGAGGCUGCACUCAGUGUUUGGGCUAGUCACACCUCUACCAAUUCCUUGCUGUAUUUGUAGAGGAACUGACAUGAGAUGAGACUCAUUCAUAUUACCCCAAAUCAGCAAACAGGAGGAGGUGUCCCAGGAGGCCAGCUCUCCGGGAUUACCCAGUAGCUGGGUUACUGCACACUAUUCUCUGUUUGAGACCAUUGUCAUUCCCCCAAAGACUCUAUGACGUUUGUUUAAUUUGGUCACCACAUGUGAUAAACUCGUUAGCAGGUCGAUAAAGAGUCAUUUUCACCUCCCUUGUUCUUCCUGAGAAAGCUAUACAGUAGUUUCAGAAUAAAGUAGCAGAUCUGUUGUUUAUUUGUGAAAUAGUUGUAAAACCUUAGUGUCAGUUGGGGAGGGAGAAUUAGUUCUGGCUGGCUUCUUAGCUCAGCUGGCAAUGGAUUUAAAGACGUAUUCAGCAAAGAGGGAAUGUGUGGACUUGCCAAACGAAUUACAAAUAUUAAUAAACAACAGAAUUGGAAAGUAAUUGUCCUACUGAGUUACAGUAGUUGGCUGACAUUAUGCAGAACACUAACACUUUCUGCUAAAUAAAUUAAAUUAAAUCUUAUUGGGAAAAUCGGUUAAAGAAUAGAAUUCGACAUUAAAAAAACCUAUAUAUUUAUAUAAAAGUGUUGUGUCCAAAUGAUCCAAUUAAAACUGGGCCUGCUGCUUUUGAAUAAGUUAUGAAUGAAAUGCAAAGUUUGUUUUUCAAACGUUCUAAGCUAUUAUCACGGUCUAACACUAAAACUGGUUGUUAUUCUCUCAACAGCAAGCUGUAAUAAUUUCACGAACGAUUUUCAAAAUUUAGUCUAAAAAAACCCUUUUUUUGUUUAUUUAAUUUAAUUUUAAUUCUGCGAGAUGUUUCUACUUUCUAAAAGUAGUUUAUUAAUUUUCUAAAAGUAGUUUAUUAACGCUAUAUAUUUUUUCUAUUUAAUAAACAAACGUCAAAGUUUAAACAGUAACAAAAAGUGACAAAAGUGAUAAUGUUGUGUGUGAAAGCGUUAUCAUAUAAGUAUUCAUUUUCAAUCUCAAAAAUACAUCAGGCAGCAAACAUGAAAUCCCUUCUCUAUUAAUAUAUAAAAAGUGCGAAAUACAGUGAUUUAGAAACGUAUUUCCUUAGUUUCUCAGUUUAUGGGGAUUGGUAGAAGGAAGACUAAAAUGAAUUCCAGAUUCUACAGAGUUCUGGAAUCUGUACUUUUUAUUUUUUAAGGAUUGCUCAGACACUUAGAUCAAUGUAAGAUGUGAAUAUAUAUUGGGUAGCAGUGUAUACAUUGACGGUUCCACGUAGAUUCUGAAUACUUUACUUGCUACAUGUAACAGUGAUAUCUAAUGAAGUGGAUAUUCUGUGUCUUUUCUCUUCCAGAGAACUCAGUGGCUGCCAAAUCUGGUGGCUGCUUCCCAGCCCUGGCCACAGUCUCCCUGGAGGGCGGUGGCACCAAGUCGGUGGAAGACCUCGAGCCAGGAGAUCGGGUGUUGACAGCAGAUGGCAGAGGGAGGCUGGUCUAUAGUAACUUCUUGAUGUUCAUAGACCGGCAGGAGUCUGUCAAGAAGGUCUUCUAUGUCAUUGAGACCUCCCAACCUCGGGCAAGCAUCAGAUUGACUGCUGCUCACCUCCUCUUUGUGGCCCAGACUCAAGGCAAUGGCAACAGGUCCAUGAAGUCGGUGUUUGCCAGUGAUGUUCAACCUGGGGACCUUGUGUAUGUGGCCAAUCAAAAGCAAGGGAUUGGGAGUUUGGAGGAGGUGGAGGUGAGCAAUGUCCACCUUGAAGAAGACUUUGGAGCUUAUGCCCCCAUGACUGAUGAAGGAACAUUGGUGGUAGAUGGGGUUCUAGCCUCCUGCUAUGCUGUCAUUGAGGAACAUAGCUGGGCACACAUGGCAUUUGCUCCAUUGAGGUUUGGCUUAGACCUUUAUUCCUUCAUUUACCCCAUAAACUCCACCCCAACCUCUCCUGUACACAUUCAAGAAGAAGGCAUUCAUUGGUAUUCACAAAUCCUUUACAAAUUAGGGACUUUGCUUUUGGACAAAGACUCUAUCCAUCCACUGGGAAUGGCAAAACAGUCCAGUUGAAGAGAUCCCCUUAUUCUUUACAACGAGGACAUUAUUUUUUUAAUGUAGGACAGUCCAAACUAGACACUAAGGAAAGAGUUCCUCACGCUUUCCACUUGUUUUUAUUAGUUUAUUUUAUUUGCUUAUUUUAUAUUGUUUUUGAUCUUCUAAUGAAUAUUUAUUUGUUUUUUGUUCAUUUUUGUUUGUUUUCAACGGGACAUUCUAAAAAAAAAAAAAAAAAAAAGAAGCCUUACAUUGUUUUUGUUUUUCUAAAUUAUUGUCUGGCAAGUGUUUUAUGGCCUCACGUAACGAGCAUCUGUGGACCCAGGCUAACACAAAAGAGUAUAUUUUUCUACAAGUCCCGUGAUAUCCUAAGCUUUUCCACUAACAGACAAAACACAGACACAAUAACAAACACCGAUGUACAUGUACACAGGCACAUACAAAAACAGGCACACACAUACAUAGAGAUAGACACACAAGUACUGAGGUACACAUAUACAAACACACAUACAAUCAUACGUAUUUAGACACAGGCACACAUUUAGACAUCCAGAGAUAGUUAGAUACAUGCAUAUACUUACAGAGAUGGACAAAUUCACUGAACCAUGCAUAGACAUGCAGAAUUAAACAUACAGUAUUCACAGACACAAUCAAUAAACACAUACACAGACACACAGAAAUAAACAUAGACAUAAAAAGACUUAGCUACAUAUAAAGAAAUACAUAGAUAAUAAAGACAUACAAAUACACACACACAGGCUCAGACAGAGCUAAUCACUCAAACAUACACAAAUAAAUACAAACAUAUAUUGAAAGACACACAGCUACAAACAUAGACUAGUAUAGAAGCAUACACAUUGGAAUACAUAAUCAGACAUACAGGAUAUAUCAUAUGCAAACGCAAAACAGUCAUGUACUAACAGAGAGAAAUAUAUCACGUAUACACAACAUGAACACUAACAGACAGGAAAAUAUCACACAUGCACUACAGGAACACUAACAGACAGGAAUAUAUCACACAUGCACUACAGGAACACUAACAGACAGGAAUAUAUCACACAUGCACUACAGGAACACUAACAGACUGGUAGUCAUACGCUGCAAGAACACUGACAGGAAUACACCACACAUGGAGAAAACGAACAGACACACAAGCAGACAAAGCUAUGCCAACAUAAAGACAAACACACAACAAAAGCAGAUAUACAUGCUUACACACACAAACACAAAAAGGGGUGUAUUAACUAAACAGCAAGCUGUGAUGAGUUAGCAAAAUACUUAUAUAUUUAAUGUUUAUGCUAAAUUAAGUACGUUCUAAAAAACACCAAACAAACAAGAAAACAGAGACUGCGAUUUUUUUUCCAGCUAUAAUUUGGCCUAAAUGUUCCAAUUCAGUUCUCCUGUUCACACAAAUCGCUACUUAGUAAAUACCUUGCCCUUCGGGUCUCUGUUGCUUUAAAAGUCCCCUAAAAGUCCAGUAAAAGUCCGACCUUCCCAGACAGAUGCCUUUCUCGGUCCUAUAGCAAGUCCUGGCUAUCAGUGCGAAUGGUGAAUAAUUAAUUAUAAACUGCUCUCAGUAGGAGGUCAAUAAAUUAUAUUUUUAUAUACAGACUUGUAAAUUAGAUUUUUGCAGAGAUCAUACUUACUGAAUUACAUUUCGGGUUUUUUUGUUUUGUUUUUUUUUGUUUUAAUUUUUUUUUGGUUUGUUUUUGAAAAUAGUGUACAAUACGAGAAUAUAUUAUUUUAAUUUAAAUAGUUCACAAUGUAACGUUAUCGCUUGUUUUUAUUAUUAUUAUUAUUAUUAUAACUAUUAUGGUUAAUAUUUCCAUGGGGGGGGAGGGGGAGAGAAUAAAAAAUAAAACAAAAAAGAGAAAUAAUAAAAAAAAUAAAAAAUAAAUAAAUAAAAUAGAAAUAAAAUAAAUACAAUAAAAUGCAUCUGGUCACAUACAUAUAACUCCAGGACUGUUACACCAAUUUUUCUUUUCCCGACGUUAGAAAUCUUGUGAUUUCUAAUCUGAGAGAGUUCACUAGAAAGUAAUAUUAAUAUUUUUUAAAUAAAGAAAAAAUGAAGCACUCAUACAUUAGGACAUUAAGAGGCUGAAGACUGUUUGUACAGAAUGAGGGUGAUUUUGCUUUAAUAAACUGAAAAAUGACUCAUGUACAUGUACUAAAAUGUAUUUUUCAAUACUUUGUAACAACUUUAAUAGUUUUAUAGAAAUAAAAUGUGCUAUGCACAGCUUGCUCGAUAUUUAACACUGAAAUCUUCAUGUGGAAUACAAAUUUUUUUUUGUUUGUUUUUUUUAGAAAUUUACUUGUUUAACAUUAUUUAAUUUUCCAGCUAUUUCUAUGUAUUUAUUUGUUGUUUUAGGGAAACAUUUUACUUUUUG